AAUCAACAAUGGCGACCAUCGGAGGCAUGUGCGUCAGAACUGUCAUAUCGAUUUCAAGAAGUUUAAGACAAAAUAAUUAUCAAAGAGUAACAUGGAAUAGACUACAGAGUGGCCAGUACUGUACCACAAACUCAGAUGCAAAGGGAGACAAAUCAGAAAAAUCCGAAAACACAAGUGAUGAAUCACAGAAAGUCAUAGAGAAUUUAACAGCAGAAGGUGAAAAGCUGAAAACACAAGCAAAUGAUUUCAAGGGUGAGAGCUGGUGGUACAAAAUGUCAGGAGCAGGAAAAAAACUGUUCCAACGUUUUAGAGAAGAUGACAAUUGGAAGGACAAAUACAUGAGGGCUCUUGCAGAGACCGAGAAUGUUAGACAGCGUAUGUCAAAGCAAGUCACUGACACUAAACUUUUCGGAAUUCAAGGAUUCUGCAAAGAUCUUUUGGAAGUGGCUGACAUCUUACAACAGGCAACACAAAGCAUACCAGAGGAAGAAUUGAAGAAGAAUAAGCAUCUGGAAGACCUGUUUAAUGGAUUGGUGAUGACAGAGGCACAACUUCAAAAAGUAUUCCUGAAGCAUGGACUUGAACAAAUUAUUCCCCAGAAAGGGGAGAAGUUUGAUCCCCACCUCCAUGAGGCAUUGUUUCAAGUUCCAGCAGAAGACCCUAAAAUGGCCUCCAGUGUUGCCACUCUUGAAAAAUUAGGAUAUAAACUGCAUGAGAGAACCUUGCGCCCAGCACUUGUCGGAGUGUUUAAGUCUUGAUACUAAGGGACCAACUUCAUUGCAACAUCAUCUUUGUGUUGCCUGCAACACAUGGCAGAUAUAGGGAUUGCUUAAUCUGUUUUCUGUCUUAAUCAAGUCAUACAAUGUAGCAGAAAAUUACUGUAUUACAGAUUUUUAACACCUAUUAAAAAUUCUUCACUGCAAGGUGCUCAAGGUAAAAAUGCUACCACAUCUAUUUCUUUCUCUUUUUUGAGGGAAAUUUAUGAUGCAUUUAAACCAUGCCUGUAGUGGCAUAUUGUUUUUAAAAUGAAAGUUAUGUCAUUCUUUCUGAAAUAAAGAGGAUAAAACUAAAUUGCUGGCCAUAAACAUAUACCGGGUAUGUAUAAUAACAAACUGUCCUGAUGAUAAAGCUUUUGCAGGUGACAUCCUUUCAUACAUGUGAGUUGUGCAUACAUUUCAUCUGGUCAUUUCUUCAUAAAUAGUCUACAUUGUGUUCCUGUUGAGGAAAAACAAAGAUGAUUGUUUUCUGUGACUGGACUGACCCAUUUGAAUAAUCCCUUUAUGAUAAUAAUUUUUUUAAAUUAAAGUUGAUAUAUAAAGAGAAGGGUUAAAUCAAAAUGAUGAUAAUAUAUAUAAUUAGCCUACUUACCAAAUCUGCAAACCAUGUUACGGAAAACAAACAUUUUUUUGAAUUGCAUGAUAGGAAGUUGAAACCUAUUUUCUUGUGAUAAAUGGAACAAUUAGGUGUAUGUUAAUCUAAUUUGACACGAUUUGAGGCCUGUGAUUAUGUUCUGAAAAUAAAAUGAUUUCUGUAUGCUUAACAAA